AUGAAUAACUUAUCAAGCUUGCAAAGAAUGUUAGGCCCGGGUGGCUUUGGAGGCGCCCCAAUGACCGAUGGCCCAAUAAGUGAUAAUAAAGAAACUAUAUAUAUUUCCAGUUUGGCAUUGCUCAAAAUGUUGAAGCAUGGGACUGCUGGUGUGCCAAUGGAAGUCAUGGGCUUAAUGUUGGGUGAGUUUGUUGAUGAAUAUACUGUCCAUGUUAUAGAUGUGUUUGCCAUGCCCCAAUCGGGUACUGGUGUUUCUGUGGAAGCUGUCGACUCAGUUUUCCAAACAAAGAUGAUGGAUAUGUUAAGACAAACUGGCCGUGAUGAAAAGGUUGUUGGAUGGUACCAUUCCCAUCCUGGUUUUGGAUGUUGGUUAUCUUCUGUCGAUGUCAAUACUCAACAAUCAUUUGAACAGCUAAAUCCAAGAUCCGUUGCAGUUGUUAUUGAUCCAAUUCAAUCUGUUAGAGGUAAGGUUGUUAUCGAUGCUUUUAGAUUGAUUAGUUCUGCCUCAGUGAUGAUGGGUCAAGAACCAAGACAAACCACUUCCAAUAUCGGUCAUUUAAAUAAACCAAGUAUCCAAGCAUUGAUCCAUGGUCUUAACAGAAACUACUAUUCCUUAAAUAUUGAUUAUAAGAAAACAGAUUUGGAAGUUAAUAUGUUGUUGAACUUGCAUAAACAAAAUUGGUCAAGCGGUUUAAUUUUGAAUGAUUAUGAGAAGAAGGAUGAAAAGAACUUACAGGAUAUGGAUAAUAUGGUGAAGAUUGCGAAAUUGUACUCUGAAAGAAUUAAGGAAGAAAAAGAAUUAACUGAAGAGCAGUUGAAGACAAGAUAUGUGGGUAAGCAGGAUCCAAAGAAACAUUUAGGUCAAACUUCUGAUAAAAGAAUAGAGGAUAAUAUAGUUAGCAUCUUGACAGGUCAAGUUAAUCAUGCUGUCAUUCAAUAG